AUGCAUCGUUCUUGCAGUGGCUCCCAGGGGCACGUGAUGGGACCCUGUACAUGUGGUAUGUUUCAUAGUCAAACCAAUUCUUUCUCUAUGCUAUUCUCCAUGCCCAACCACAAACCCUAUGAUGAAUCAGAAAUGUAUUCCUUCACUCCUUCUUCCUCUUCCGUGGAUUGUACUCUCUCCCUUGGAACCCCAUCCACCCGUUACACCGAAGAUGAAGAGAAACGAACCCGCCAUGAACGUCGCUCUGUCUCAAACUUUUGCUGGGAUUUACUACAACCCAAACAUAACCCUCAACCCCAAACCAAGACCAACCGAGGAAGCAAUAAUAGCAACUCCACCAACGAUCCUCUCCUCGCUCGUCGCUGCGCCAACUGUGACACCACUUCAACACCCCUUUGGAGGAAUGGCCCUCGAGGCCCAAAGUCACUCUGCAAUGCCUGUGGGAUUAGAUUCAAGAAGGAAGAGAGAAGAGCAAGUGCUGCUGCCGCUGCCACACCCGCGGCGGUCUCUGGCGGCGUAAUGGAGUCGGCGCAGAUGUACAGCCACCACAACAACUCAUGGUACGCACACCAGCAGAGCCAGAAGAUGCAGUGCCUCUCGCCGGCGAUGAGCAACGAGUUUCGCUUCGUGGAUGACGGUGAUCAAGACUCCGACAACGGCAUUCCCUUUCUCUCUUGGAGACUCAACGUCACAGAUAGAACGAGCCUCAUUCACGACUUUACAAGAUGA